AUGAGCAUCAAGUCUAUUGGGACUCACAUAGGAAUCUCUCCAGAUUCAGUCACCGCUUAUGCAAAGGAGAUAAGAAGAAGAAGAAAGAAGAAUCAUCUUCGCAUUCGAUUCCUGGACGAACGAGUGCCGCGUACUGCUGCGGAAGUUUGUGACCGAGGACCCGUUCAUAGCACUCGUUCAAGCCCUGGACAGCAGCCAACACAGUGCCACCUACAGAGCACGCUCUGCCCUCUACGAUAUUCGUCGCUAAAAGUGGUGGCACGGGAGCUCGUUGUAUGUAAUGCUUAUGACAUCAUGUCUCCAGCUAUGCUAAUUAACUCGGGAUCUGUCUCUUAUGUGUCACGAAUCUAG